AUGGCUAGAGAGAGAUAUCACCCUUAUCAGCAACCCUCAAGAGUAGGAUCAAGAGACAAAAUGAGGGAUACAGCUUCCUCCUCUGAAUGGAAAAAGAAGGAGACUCCCAGGAACAAAGAGCGAUAUGAAGAUUUACCCAGGAAAGAGUUUUCCCAAAACCGGGCCUCACCGGACUCUCAAAGAACAGUCUCGGAAAACAUGAGACGCCCGAGCUACAGAGGAGACUAUUGGAGCCGAAAGUCAAGAUCCCCACCUCAAACCCGUACUGAGUGGAGACCUGUUUCAAAUGCUAGGGAUGGCAGGAAGAGGAAGAGUAUCUCACACCUGCAAAAUCAUGAGGAACGGGAUCUUACCGGUUCAAGAAGGAGCGUCGAACAGGAAGCCGUGAAGAACCAGAAAGACAUCGGUGCAAACGUGGAAAGGGCUAUAACCAACAAACUCUCAAUAAAUGGUAAUGCGAGUAUGGAGAAGAACUUAAAAGAUAAUCAGAAAGGACAUAACUCAACAAGCCAGAAUAGGGAGAGGGUAUCUAUCGAAGAUGAGACAGAGGAUCAGACAUGGGAUAACCCCCUGGAUGAUUUGGCCGAAGGGGAGAUGGAUGCAGCGAUGUUGGAGAAUGAUGAUUUACUGGAUGAGGAUAAUGAGCUGAUAACUGAGAAAACCUAUGAAACUAUAGAAGAAGAACAAACUGAAGCACUUUCUCAGCUCCUACCUGACGUACUAGUGGAGAAACAAACUCGACCAAAAGCGCCUAGACCUGCGAAGGAUGUACCUGAGCAGAGGAAUGCAACAGAGGCGGGAAAGGGUAACAAAGCUCCAAGAGAUUCACACGGUACUCCUUUCCCCACUAACCAGGGCAAUAAAAAAGGAGCGAGGAGUCCUGAUAAGAAAGGUUUAUCAGCAUCGAAGAAACUAGCCAACCGUGGAAGACUAUCCCCGAAAGCGAAGCAGCUCAAGCUAACAAAAGAAAUGGUGAUAUCUUCACGUCAUACUACCAAAGUCCCUCGUCAUGAGGUGUAUCCUUCUGCUAUUAAAAUCAGGAAACCAGUGGCUCUCUCAGAACCAGUGGGGCGAAGCGGUGGACUUGCUUUGUUUUAUAUGAAUGAUGCUGAUGUGAAGGUGGAAUUCUCAAACGACAGAAUGAUUGAUAUUGAAGCAAAAAUUGAGGGACACAAAGUGUUUCUACCUUUGUGUAUGGAGAUCCGGUUGUUGAACACCGCAAAGCUGUAUGGAAAAGACUGA